AUGUCAGACGGGGGACUCACCCACUCAAGUCCAACCCUGGAGCGAGACUGUCUACAAAAUGAGCAGGUCCAGAAGGAUGGAGGAGCAGCAGUGCGGGAGAAGGACAGUGGGGAGACGGAGGUGGACUUGGGUGUGGAGGGACGCCUGCCCUCCUGCUCCUCCAGUGAGGGCCCCUCCACCUCUGCCGAGGGGAGCGUGCCGAGCGCCGCACGGAGAGGGCCGGCCCUGCUGCACAUCGACAGACAUCAGAUCCAGGCGGUGGAGCCCAGCGCGCAGGCCGUGGAGCUGCAGGGCCUGGGGGUGGACGUCUACGACCAGGAUGUGCUGGAGCAAGGCGUGCUGCAGCAGGUGGACAGCGCCAUCCACAAGGCCAGCCACGCGGCCCAACUCGCCGACGCUGAGAAGGAGUACGGCUCGGUCCUGGAUGACCUCGCGUCCUGCACAACAUCCCUAAGGCAAAUCAAUAAAAUUAUUGAACAACUUAGCCCUCAAGCUGCCACCAACAAAGACAUCAGCAGGAAACUAGAUUCUGUCAAGCGACAGAAGUAUAAUAAGGAGCAGCAACUGAAGAAGAUCACGGCCAAACAAAAGCGUUUGCAGGCCAUCCUAGGAGGCGCUGAGGUCAGAGUUGAGCUGGAUCACGCCAGGCUGGAGGAGGAGGAGGAUGCAGAGCCGGGGCCGUCCAGCCUGGGCAGCAUGCUCAUGCCUGCGCAGGAGAGCGCCUGGGAGGAGCUCAUCCGCACUGGCCAGAUGACGCCAUUUGGCACCCAGAUCCAGCCGAAGCCGGAGAAGCAGCCCCGGAAGAUCAUGCUCGACGAGGCGUCAGGCUUCGAGAAGUACCUGGCCGAGCAAGCGAAGCUGUCCUUUGAGAGGAGGAAGCGAGUGCGGGGCAAACGGGCAGCCCGACAGGCCCCAACCCCGGUCACUGCGGUCUCGGGCCCAGCAGCCAGCGAAGGGAAGCCCAAGCCGGGGAGCCAAACGCUGUCCAAGGCGGACAGGCGCCUGCAGAAGCACAUGAGAAAGUUGCAGAAGCGGGCCGCGCAAUUCCAGGGCAAGGUGGUGCCGCGGCCGCGGAGGAAGCCGCUGGAGGCUGAGGUGCAUCCCCGAGCAGCGGGCCACUCAGAGGGAGAGGAGUCCGAGUACAUCCCCACGGAGGAGGAGGAGGAGGACGAGGAGGAGGACGAGGAGGCGGCGGCGGCAGGGGUGGACCUGUCUGGAGACGGCACUGACUACGAGCUGAAGCCCCUGCCCUGCGGCCGUAGGCGGCAGAAGAAAGCCGCAGCGCAGCAGGUGGACGAGGACUUCUUCCCCAGUUCCGAGGAGGAUGUGGAUGCCCCAGCAGCGGGGCCAGGGAGAGGUCGCAAGGCGACGAGGUGCCGCGACGAUGGCGACGAAAGUUACUACCGGCAGCGGUUAAGGAGAUGGAACAAACUGAGGCUGCAGGACAGAAAGGAGCGUGCGCAGGCCGAGGCCGACUCCGAGGAGAGCGACGCCGAGUUUGACGAGGGCUUCCGCGUGCCGGGCUUUCUGUUCAAGAAGCUGUUCAAGUACCAGCAGACAGGUGUUCGGUGGCUGUGGGAAUUGCACUGCCAGCAGGCAGGAGGAAUUCUGGGAGACGAGAUGGGAUUGGGCAAGACCAUCCAGAUAAUUGCCUUCUUGGCAAGUCUGAGCUACAGCAAGAUCAGGACUCGCGGUUCCAAUUACAGGUUUGAGGGCCUGGGUCCAGCACUCAUCGUGUGCCCGACGACAGUGAUGCACCAGUGGGUGAAGGAGUUCCACACGUGGUGGCCUCCGUUCCGAGUGGCGAUUCUGCAUGAAACGGGCUCCUACACCCACAAAAAGGAGAAACUAGUUCGAGAUAUUGCUCACUGUCAUGGGAUUCUGAUCACUUCUUACUCCUACAUCCGACUGAUGCAAGAUGAUAUUAGCAGGCACAACUGGCACUAUGUGAUCUUGGAUGAAGGACACAAAAUUCGGAAUCCAAACGCUGCUGUCACCCUUGCCUGCAAGCAGUUCCGCACCCCACACCGCAUCAUCCUGUCCGGCUCGCCAAUGCAGAACAACCUCCGGGAGCUGUGGUCCCUCUUCGACUUCAUCUUCCCCGGGAAGCUGGGCACCCUGCCUGUGUUCAUGGAGCAGUUCUCAGUGCCCAUCACCAUGGGGGGCUACUCCAAUGCCUCCCCAGUGCAGGUGAAAACUGCUUACAAGUGCGCCUGUGUCUUACGAGACACCAUCAACCCGUACCUGCUGCGGAGGAUGAAAUCAGAUGUCAAGAUGAGCCUUUCUUUGCCAGACAAAAACGAACAGGUCUUAUUUUGCCGUCUCACAGAUGAGCAACAUAAAGUCUACCAGAAUUUUAUCGAUUCCAAAGAAGUGUACGCCAUCCUUAAUGGAGAGAUGCAGAUCUUCUCUGGACUCAUCGCCCUCCGCAAAAUCUGCAACCACCCUGAUCUCUUCUCGGGGGGCCCCAAGAACUGCAGCAGUCUCCCGUAUGACGGACUUGAGGAAGAGCAGUUCGGGUACUGGAAACGCUCUGGGAAGAUGAUUGUUGUUGAGUCGUUGUUGAAAAUCUGGCACAAGCAGGGCCAGCGAGUGUUGCUAUUCUCCCAGUCAAGACAGAUGUUGCACAUCCUCGAGGCAUUCCUCAGAGCCCGGAAGUAUUCCUAUCUCAAGAUGGAUGGUACCACGACUGUGGCGUCGAGACAGCCCUUGAUUACCCAGUUCAAUGAGGAUGCAUCCAUAUUUGUGUUUCUUUUGACGACGCGCGUGGGCGGGCUGGGAGUCAACCUGACUGGAGCCAACAGAGUCAUCAUCUACGACCCAGACUGGAACCCGAGCACCGACACGCAGGCCCGGGAGCGUGCCUGGAGAAUAGGCCAGAAGAAGCAGGUGACCGUGUACCGGCUGCUGACUGCUGGCACCAUUGAAGAGAAGAUCUACCACCGGCAAAUCUUCAAGCAGUUUCUGACGAACAGAGUGCUGAAGGACCCGAAGCAAAGGCGGUUCUUCAAGUCCAACGACCUGUAUGAGCUGUUCACCCUGAGCAGUCCCGACGCGGCCCAGAGCACCGAGACGAGCGCCAUCUUUGCAGGAACCGGUUCAGACGUGCAGACCCCCAGGCGCCCCUUAAAACGCAAGAGUCGGCCAGCCUUGGGGACAGACCAGGACGCCCCCAAAUGCAGAACGUUCCUGCAGCCCAGUCCAUUGCCAGAGGGUGCUGCGUUGCCCGCAGAGAAGCCUGCAGGGACUGGGGCAGAAGUGCACACCGUGGCUUCCGAUGAGGGCGGGUCAGCGAAAGGUGACCCGCACACCAGUGCCAGCGUAACUCCCUGUGGUGACAGGAUGGCAGAAGAGGGGCUUGUGGCGUCUGGACCAGAGGACUCUGAGGUGGCCAGCGGCAGUGGGAAACAUCAGAAUGCUCUGGGAAGCAGCCAGACCUCCUCCGGGCUGUGCGCCGAGGGGAGUGGAGACACCAAGUCGGACCUGUCCUCCAAAACCAAAGGCUCUCAGGCUGAGCUGCUGUGGGAGAACGAAAGACCAGAAACUGUUUUCUCUAAGCACAAGUCAAAAACCAAGCAUCAGACUGGGGCAGCAGAGGAGACCCCCGAGCAACAUGAGACGCCAAAGCCGAAGGCGAAGAGCCACAGGCCCCACCGGGACGCCAAGUUCGAGGGCACUCGGAUCUCCCACCUGGUGAAGCAGAGGCGCUACCACCAGCAGGACGGUGGCGACACGGAUGAGGCUGCGCACCGCAGCACUGACGACUACGUGCUGGAGAAGCUCUUCAGGAAGUCAGGGGGUGUACACAGUGUCAUGAGGCAUGAUGCCAUCAUGGACGGGGCCAGCCCCGACUACGUGCUGGUGGAGGCCGAAGCCAACCGGGUGGCCCAGGACGCCCUCAAAGCCCUGAGGCUCUCCCGGCAGCGGUGUCUGGGUGCUGGGUCAGGAGUUCCCACCUGGACCGGCCACAGGGGAGCGUCAGGGGCACCGGCAGGAGUAAGGAGCAGGUUUGGACAGAAGAGGAAUUCUCACCUACCUGUGCAGCGUGCCGUGGAGAAAUGCCAGGAUGGUGUCACAGUGCCGGAGGGGAAGGACCGAGGCUCUGGACACUUCAGCGGACAUGGAGAGGAAGUCGAGUCUUCCUCCGUUGCGCCUUCCUCAUCUUCACUGUUGGCCAAGAUGCGAGCGAGAAACCACCUAAUUGUGCCGGAGCGGCUGGAGAGCGAGGACAGACAUGUCCCGGGUGCCGCCGCCCCGGCCCCCAGCGCCACGGAGCACGAUGAGCUGCUGGUGGAGGUGAGGAACUUCGUGGCCUUCCAGGCCCGCGUGGACGGCCAGGCCAGCACUCAGGAGAUCCUGAGGGAGUUUGAAUCCAGGCUGUCGGCAUCGCAGUCCUGUGUCUUCCGGGAACUGCUGAGGAAUCUCUGCACUUUCCAUCGAACGCCGGGAGGCGAGGGCAUUUGGAAGCUCAAGCCCCAGUACUGCUGAGCAGCCUCCCUGCCCAGGCCACCAGCCUGCUGGGCCGGUGGUACGGCCAGUCGCGUUUACUCAGAAUGAUGUGUCUACCUCACAGUCCCAGCUCCAAGGAAGGAGACACCUGCCCACCUGGCUGGCUCUGCCCAACAGCCCGAGAAGGUGCCUGAACGCAUAUUGCCAGC